AUGUCAUUUGGUUUGACAGGUUUAACAGGUACAGGUUUAGCAGGUUUAGCAGGUUUAAUAUGUAUAGGUUUAACAAUUUCAUCAGGUUUUUCAGGUUCAUCAAUUCUCAUACAUAUACAUAGCCUGGUUCAAAUGCAUAAUCUUGGAACUGUAUAUAUCAGUUAUUACAAGUAA